AUGCCACGUUCCGUCCCGCAGUUGACCUCACAUGGUGAGCCGGACGAAGCUCAAAUCGAUUCUCCUGCCUCCCGCACAGCGCCCCCAUCACCAACCGCUCACCGCCGUCGAAGCUACCUCUCCGAAGAGCACACGGGCUACCAAUCGCUAGACUCGCAUCUCGAGAUCACCGAAGCUACCAGUCUCCUAGGUCCACCCGAGGAUCCACAACGCCGGGUACCGCGGCGCUCAUAUACGAGUAUCUCGGGGACUUCGGGUCCAGAAUCUUUGCGGUAUCUCCUGGGUGCAGGGAACUUGCGUCGCAGAGGCAACCACAGUCGAGCAGGUUCAACGAGGAAGCGAUUUAGUCGGCGGAACAGUUUUGUAGAUGAGGGGGAGAUCGAGGAUGAGGAGGAAGACCGCCCGGCCAGUUUACCGCCAUCGACCAAAAAUGGACUAACGGCAUCGUCAUUCUUGGAUGAACGGACCUGGUAUGACCAGUUUACUUCGACGGAUUGGGUGCAUGACAGUAUUGCCGAUGGAGCACGUCUGCGACAAUUACGGCGCCGGAAGGAUCUCCGCGGCCGGUUGCUGUCGUGGUUUGACGGCGCUCAGGGGUGGAUUCUUGUAGCCUUGACUGGCUGCAUCACGGCAGCGAUUGCCUAUUUUGUGGACGUGACGGAGGAUAGGAUAUUCGAUGCGAAGUUUGGAUUCUGCACUUCUCGCUGGUUUGAGAGUCAGAGUAAAUGCUGUGAGGGGGCGUCACCCUGUGACGACUGGCGACCCUGGACGCGGAUCUUCAGGUCCUCUAGGCCAGAUGAUGAAGGCGUGGAUUUUGUCAUGUUUGUUGUAUGGGUGGUUGUUCUCGCAAUGAUUUCGUGUGGUCUAACCCUGCUCACGAAGACUGUUGUUCCAUCUUCAGUUUCUUUAUCCACUCUUGACGAAAAUCUUGGGGCCGAGUCGGGUGGGCAGUAUAAUUCUGCUGGCAAUGGCUCGCCACAGUCUGUUACAAGUCCCCAUGGAACAUUCCCUAACGCUCCUUCACGCCCGGCAAUGGUCUACUAUUCCGCUGCUGGUAGUGGAGUGGCUGAAGUAAAGGUGAUCAACAGUGGUUUUGUCCUCCACGGGUACCUGGGAUUGAAAACCCUGGUCAUCAAAACUAUAGCUCUGAUCUUUAGUGUUUCAUCUGGACUGAGUCUAGGAAAAGAGGGUCCUUACGUCCACAUUGCCACUUGUGUUGGCAAUAUUGCUUGCCGUUUAUUUGCCAAGUACAACCAGAAUGAUGGCAAAAGGCGUGAGGUGCUGAGUGCAAGUGCGGCGAGUGGUGUGGCCGUUGCCUUUGGUGCGCCCAUCGGUGGUGUUCUUUUCAGUCUGGAAGAAGUCAGCUACUAUUUCCCACCAAAGACUCUCUUCCGAACCUUCUUCUGUUGCAUUGCGGCUACUCUAUCACUGAAAUUCCUCAACCCUUAUGGCACAGGAAAAGUGGUUCUGUUUGAAGUGCGGUACCUCACAGAUUGGGAAUUCUUCGAGCUCUUCAUAUUCAUCUUCCUCGGCAUACUUGGCGGUGCAGCUGGUGCCCUGUUUAUCAAAGCCUCCAGUCUAUGGGCACGCUCAUUCCGUGGGAUCCCUGCAAUCAAGCGCUGGCCGAUGCUAGAAGUCUUCCUUGUGGCAGUCUUAACCGGCGUGAUCAGCUUUUGGAAUCGAUAUACCAAAUUGCCUGUCACGGAGCUUUUAUUAGAGAUAACCAGUCCCUGCGAAAAGAUUUCUCAAGAUGGCACUGGACUAUGUCCUCGCGAAGAGGAUAUACUGCAAACCAUCCAGUAUCUCUUGGUUGCCUUCAUUAUUAAGAGCUUUUUAACCGUUGUUACCUUUGGUAUCAAGGUACCAGCCGGUAUCUACGUUCCAUCCAUGGUGGUCGGAGGUCUGAUGGGCCGAAUCGUUGGCCAUGUUGUUCAAUACUGGGUAGCGAAGAACCCGACAUUCUUCUUGUUUAACUCCUGUCCCGCCGUUCGUGGACUCGAGUCAUGCGUGACGCCAGGUGUAUACGCACUGGUUGCUGCAGGUGCCACCAUGUGUGGGGUGACUCGACUCUCAGUCACAUUACCUGUCAUCCUUUUCGAAUUGACAGGAAGUCUGGACCAUGUCCUUCCGUUUUCCCUCGCUGUCCUUUGCGCAAAAUGGACCGCAGAUGCGAUAGAGCCACGCUCCAUCUAUGACUUCCUUACCGAUAUGAACGCCUAUCCUUUCCUUGACAGCAAACUUCAGCCACUGAGCGAUGCCGAGCUGGGUGAUAUCGUCCGACCUGUGCGCAAAGACCGCAUGAUUGAUAUCUCGAACUCACCCUUCGUUGCCGCAACGGAACUCCGUUUGAAACUCGAGCACCUUUUAAUGGCCGGUGAACUGGAUAGCGGCCUGCCAAUUCUGCGAGAAGGUGUCUUGGCAGGUUUGAUUCCAGCUCCAGAUCUGGAGUUUGCACUUGACACCCUCGAAGAUGAGGAGAACACACUUUGUCUGAUGGCAAUGGAUGCUUCUAUUGCCGUCUAUGACAGUGACCACGAAGGUACCCUGCAGGAAGAUUUUACGCGGUACAUAGAUCCUGCUCCUGUUUCCCUCGAUGUACAUUCUCCUAUCGAUUUGGUAUACCAGUGCUUUGCCAAGCUGGGCCUGCGAUAUCUGUGUGUACUUCAGAAUGGCCACUAUGCCGGCCUAGUACACAAAAAGGCAUUUGUGAAAUUUAUGAAGGAGAACGAGUAA